UGUGUGUGUGCGUGUGUGUGUGUGUGUGUGUGUGUGUGUGUGUGUGUGUGUGUGCGUGUGUGUGUGUGUGUGUGUGUGUGUGUGUGUGUGUGUGUGUGUGUGUGCGUGUGUGUGUGAGAGAGAGAGAGAGCGAGAGAGAGAGAGAAAACCGACACAUCGAGAAUGAAUGGGGUGCAUUGAGUGGACGCUGUGGUUGGAAAGCCCCCGCGAAAAUACCCCGACAGAGGAACUGCUUUCUUAUAAAUAUCCUGUCACAGAGCUUGUUAUCAGUAGCUGCAGCUACGUUUCAGGUGGGAAUUUAGCUUUCUUCGGAACGAAUAAUAAGGAUUCCUUCAAUAACGCAUUUGCCACUUGUUAACGGGCGAUCAUCAACUGAGAUUUGGCCGAAAUGCUGGCUUCACGCGUCCUGUUUUGUUGCACUUUAUUUGUGUUCCAGUGCUGUCAACAUGCCUCAAGCAGCGCCUGCGAUUCUGUCUCUAAAUACGCAAAGUUUGGAAAGUGCUGCAGUUUGUGCCCACCUGGCAUGUACAUGAGCAGCGAGUGCACUGAGAAAAAUGACUCAAAAUGUCAACCAUGUGGUCCUGAACGUUAUCAGUCAAAGUGGAACAGACUGGAACAUUGUCAUCUGCAUAAAGUCUGUACCAAUAAUGGAGGAUUUGUGGUUGAAAAGGCUGGCAGCAGUACCAGUGAUACAGUCUGUCAGUGCCAGGUUGGGAAGCACUGUGUCAAUAAGGACUGUGAGAUCUGUGAAGAGAACAGCGUCUGUGAACCCGGCUAUGGAGUUGUGUACAAAGAAGAAGGUGCAAAUUUCACAAUACCUGUGUGUGAGGUAUGCGAAGCUGGAUAUUACUCAAACAUAUCUUCUAACUUGGAACCCUGCAGGAAAUGGAGCGAUUGCGGCUCUCUCCAUACGUUGGAGAAUGGAACGACAAUGAAGGACGUGGAAUGUGGCACGCAAGUAUCUUCAUCCAAACUGGGAUUGGUUGUGGUCAUUGCACUGCUUAGUACAGUACUUUCUGUCAUCUUGCUGUCCUUCUUCAUAUAUUCAGGAUAUAAUCAAGAGAAUCGGACCAAGGUGUGGAUUAUAUUUACCAGGCUGGUGAAAUGCGCAGAGCCUACAAAAAUGCCAGUCCAGGAGCUGACUGAGAAUGGAAGGAUUGUGGCUACAGCUGGCGAUGAAGACAAGAGCCCAGAGGUGAUGACGGAGCUUCUGCUUGUGUAAACGGCUGGUGGAUUAAAGCUGCAAUGGGCUAGGCAAUGGCACUGAUGUCUUUAGUUUGCUGUGUUUUUUGCCGGAUCCAGCAACAGAGGCCUUUGACCUGAGAUGAUCUGCAACAAUGAACUUUUUAAUCCUGACAUUUGAAAGCUGGUUUGGAACAGCUGCCACAGUCACCUUUGGCACUCUGUAGUGCAUCUGGCCCUGACACAGGGGCAAUGAAUGGAUGAAGCAGCGUGUGCAGCGACAGGACAGGUAGAUGUUUGCCUGAGUUGUAGUAAGGGAAUUUACUUCCAUGUUUAUGUGGAGACAGAAACUUCUCAGCUCCAAGAUGUUGCAGCUGGCUCAAUACGGAGGAACGUUUCAUUCUAUCAAUCCUCCUCUUGCACUUCCUCAAGGCAAAUAAGUAUCAGUGGAUGUGAAAGUAGUUGAGUUAUCUAUGUGGAGUUCACCUGUGUAAAUAAUCAACUGUGAACAUAAUCGGAUAUUCAGGCUGUUUUCUGUCCUAACCCUGGCCUCUCCCCACUCUUCCACUGCAGCCCCAUUGUCCCCAUCUCUGUAUAUUCUCCUGCUGGCCUAUGUAUGUAUAUAUAUAUAUAUAUUUUUAUAAAUGUACAGCUGUAGUUUAUAAUAAAUGUAGAGUUAUAGAAAGGAAGACUUGUGUUAAGUUGUCAAGUAGAGUCUGUUGUCAUUUGCUCAUGAAAAGCUUGCUUGCAGCAACAUCACACACAUGUUGGCAUGAACAACACAGAAUAUAAGUUGUAUAUAAGUUACAGAUAAACAAUAAAAGACGUUGAAGAGAGAGAGAGAGAGUAAAAAAGACUGUGCAAAAACAACACAUUUAGUGCAGAAAAAAAACAUAAUCAGUGAUAAGCCCGUGGUCAUCUAAGUAGUGGUCUGUAGUGCCACAUUACUGAGGUGACAGAAGCCUAUGGAGUGAGUUUUAUGUUUGUUAUGCUGGCAGGUGUUCAAAGUAAAUUUAUUAUCAAAGUAUACAUAUGUUACUAUAUACUACUUUGAGGUUCAUUUUCUUGCAGGAAUUUACAAGAAAAAUAUAAAUAGAAUUUUACAAAAAAGCUAUACUUAAUCAGAGGAAGCCCUACAAAGAACCAAUGUGCCAAAGAAGACAAACUGCAAAUUAAAAUAAUGUUGAGAACAUGAGUUGUAAAGAGUCUUUGAAAGUGAGUUUGCAGGUUGUAGAAUCAGUUCGGAGUUAUGGCGAGUGAAGUUGUCCAGGAACUUGAUGGUUGUAGGGUAAUAACUGCGUCUGGAACUUGUGUUGUGGGACCUAAGGCGCCUGUACCUCCUGCUUGAUGGGUGUAUUGUGAAAUUGACCAAUCUCAUUCAAAU